AUGUCAUUCACGAUUGAUGAAAUAAAAAUAUUAAUAAAACAAAUUUUACAUGAAAAAAUAGGUGAAAACGAAUUUGUCUAUGAAUAUGUACGUCAAUGGAAUAUUGAUAUUUUAACUGAAGUUUUACAUCGAUUAAAACAAAUUCAAUAUAGAAAUUCUAAUCAACAAAUGAAAUAUGUUGUUACAGUUUUAAUAGGGGAAAAAACAAAAGAAAUGAAAUUUGGUUUACAUACAGCUUUAUCUUGUUUAUGGGAUGGUACAACAGACGGAUGUGUUACAGUUAAAUGGGAAAAUAAAAAUAUAUUUUCGAUUAUUAAUGUUUUUGGUUUAGCUGUUUAA